CAUAGUACGACUGAACCCGCUGGAGCAUCGAAAGAUGUCUCCGUCGCAUUUGUCGUUCGCACUUCAUUUCUAGUUGGCGGUCAGAGGGUGUGCAAAUCAACAAUUCAGUAGAAUUUUUAUCAAGCACGCAUUGCUAUUGUUAGGGCACGACGACCUUUUUGAGCAGAUCCCAUCUCAACAAGAAGUCACUUCAGCUUCCUCUGACAAGUCUUCCGAAAAAACGUAAGACACCGAUGGUGAUGGAGAACAAGAACCCGAGACGAUCCGUAUGAUGGCGGAUUCAUCGGGACGAAGAUGGUGAAUUUCUAUUGCUUAUUACUGAGAAAAUCUCCG